AUUUACAGGAAAAACACCGUCACCGGUACUGAAGACAAGUGUGUCCAGUCUGGACGUCCAUUCAGCUCUGAGGUCAGGUUCUGUGGUUGUGUAGAAACAGCUGUAAGGACGUGGAGAGGUGCUGGACUGGACUGGGGGAGGAUGGAGCAUGCAUACGGAGCAGGCAAAGCUGGUGGGGCUUUCGAUCCGCUGUCCUUCAUCCAGCAGCCGCAGACUGUCCUUCGUCUGGUGUCCUGGGUCUUUUCCAUUGUGAUUUUUGGCUGUAUUGCUAAUGAGGGAUAUGUAAACCCGCCGAAUGAACAAGAGGAGUACUGCAUCUUCAACCAAAACCAGAAUGCCUGUAACUAUGGCGUGACCAUGGGCUCUCUGACCUUCCUCACCUGUAUUGCCUUCCUAGCCUUGGACGCCUAUUUCCCACAGAUCAGUGGAAUCAAAGACCGCAAGAAAGUUGUAAUUGCAGACAUCGGUGUUUCAGGUUUCUGGUCCUUCAUUUGGUUUGUGGGCUUCUGUUUCCUGGCUAAUCAAUGGCAGGUGGCUAAAACUGAAGACAACCCUUUGAAUGAGGGUGCAGAUGCAGCAAGAGCAGCAAUCACCUUCUCCUUCUUUUCCAUCUUCACCUGGGCUGGUCAGGCUUUCUUGGCAUUCCAGAGAUACAAGCUUGGCACAAGCUCCAGUCUUUUCUCCCAGGAUUACACUGACCCGAGCCAGGAAGCUGCAGCACCCCCUGAAGCCAUGGAGGAUACAGGCUACAGAGAAGACAUGGAAGCACCGGGGAAUAUCAGCUAUGAUGGAUCGUCUGGCUACCAGAGCCAAGAGUACUGAGAAACUUAUACUAAGAAUAUAAAAGGUCAAGAUAAAUAUUUAAUGAGCAAAAUGUUUAGGGAAUACUAAACAAAGUGAAAUUUUGGGAUUUGGGGCAAACUAAUGGAACCAAAGCAGGGCUUCACUGCUGGUUAAGUUUUCCUAGAUUUAAAACUGUUUAAGCAAGGAAAUAAAAACAAAUGUUGGUGUGUCCCAGCCGGUUUGCCUUCA